GCAGUAUCAAGCCAGAGCCCAAAGAUGAAGUGUGUCCUCCUGAUUGUCUUCCUUUCGAUUGCCCUGUGCAUGGCGGCGCCCGCCGAGGAGGUGCAGAUCGUCAAGCAGGAAUCGCAGGUCCUGUCCGAUGGCUACAAUUUUGCCUAUGAGACCAGCGAUGGCAGCAAGCAGGAGCAGCAGGCCACACUCAAGAAGAUCGCACCCGAAGAGGAUGCCCUCCAGGUGACCGGCUCCUACUCCUAUCUGGGAGACGAUGGCCAGACCUACACUGUGACCUACACCGCCAAUGAGAAUGGCUUCCAGCCUCAGGGUGCACACAUUCCCCAUAUCUAAUUGGCAUAAUUAGUAUUUGGUUGUAUUCUUAGUUGUUUGUAAAUAAAUGAAAAUGAAAGGUA